UCCGCGCGCCGCGCUCCGGGCCCCGCCGUGCCGCUGCGGGCCGCGUCCCCGGAGUCGGCGCCUCUGUCGCCUCGGUCCCCGUCCCCACCCAGGCGCGGAGCAGCGCGGGCUCCGGGCGGGCGCCAGGGCGCGCAGACAUGGGCAGCCGCGCCAGAGCGCGCCGGGCGGCCGCGAUGCUGGGCUUCCUCGGGCUGCUGUGCGCCGUGCUGGGCGCCGUCAUGAUCGUGAUGGUGCCCACGCUCAUCAAGCAGCAGGUGCUCAAGAAUGUGCGCAUCGACCCCAGCAGCCUGUCCUUCAACAUGUGGAAGGAGAUCCCCGUCCCCUUUUACCUGUCCGUCUACUUCUUCGACGUGGUCAACCCCAGCGCCGUCCUCUUGGGCGAGAAGCCGCAGGUGCGGGAGCGCGGGCCCUACGUGUACAGGGAGUUCAGGCACAAGAGCAACAUCACCUUCAAUGACAAUGACACCGUGUCAUUCCUCGAGUACCGCAGUUUCCAGUUCCAGCCUGACAGGUCCCACGGCCUGGAGAGUGACUACAUCGUCAUGCCCAACAUCCUGGUCUUGGGUGCGGCGAUGAUGAUGGAGAACAAGCCCAUGAGCCUGAAGCUGAUCAUGACCUUGGCGUUCAGCACCCUCGGAGAGCGUGCCUUCAUGAACCGCACCGUGGGCGAGAUCAUGUGGGGCUACGAGGACCCUCUGGUCCACCUCGUCAACAAGUACCUGCCAAACAUGUUUCCCUUCAAGGGCAAGUUUGGGCUCUUUGCGGAGCUGAACAACUCCAAUUCCGGGCUCUUCACCGUGUUCACGGGGGUCAAAGACUUCAGCAGGAUCCACCUCGUGGACAAGUGGAACGGACUUAGCAAGGUCAAAUACUGGCAUUCUGACCAGUGCAACAUGAUCAAUGGGACGUCUGGACAGAUGUGGGCGCCGUUCAUGACUCCUGAGACCUCACUGGAAUUCUACAGCCCCGAGGCCUGCCGGUCCAUGAACCUGGUCUACAAGGAGUCAGCGGUGUUCGAAGGCAUCCCCACCUACCGCUUCGUGGCCCCCAGCACCUUGUUUGCCAACGGCUCCAUCUACCCGCCCAACGAGGGCUUCUGCCCCUGCCUGGAGUCUGGGAUUCAGAACAUCAGCACCUGCAGGUUCAAUGCACCCUUGUUUCUCUCCCACCCUCACUUCUACAACGCCGACCCGAUGCUGGCAGAGGCGGUGCUUGGCCUCCACCCCAACCCAGAGGAACAUUCCUUAUUCCUGGACGUCCACCCGGUCACCGGGAUCCCCAUGAACUGCUCUGUGAAACUACAGCUGAGCCUGUACGUCAAGGCCAUCAAAGGCAUCGGACAAACAGGGAAGAUCGAGCCAGUAGUCCUGCCGUUGAUGUGGUUUGAGGAGAGCGGGGCAAUGGAAGGUGAGCCCCUGCAGACCUUCUACACCCAGCUGGUGUUGGUGCCCAGUGUGCUACACUAUGCCCAGUACGUCCUCGUCGGGCUGGGCUGCGUCCUGCUGUUCAUCCCCAUCAUCCACCAGAUCCGGAGCCAGGUCUCCUUUUUCAAGGCUGAAUAAUACUCCAUCGUGUGGCUAGACCACAUUUUGCUUAUCCAUUCGUCCGCAGCUGGGCACUUGGACGGCUCCCGUGUUUUAGCUACCGCGAAUCGCGCUGCCACGAACAUAAAGCGUACAGAUACCUCUUCAAGAUCCUGCCCCGACCCUUCUGGGUAUACGCCCAGAAGCAGGACUGCCGGACAAGAGGUAGUAUGUUGUCGCCUGGCGGGGAAAGCCUCUGAGGCAAGAACAGUGGUCACACGUUUGACAGGCGUCAACUGGGCAAGCUCCAGGGUCCCGGGGCCUGGUUUGGAUCUCAGCUCUGCUGAUUCUUAGUUGUGUUUUUGCACAUGAGUUGCCUGCGCUGAGCCUCAGGGUUCUCCUCUGUGAAAUGGGGAUAAGAAUAGUAUCAUCCAUGAAGGGAGAAGGGAGGAUGAGAGCAGUGCCUGGCACAGAGCCCACGCUCAGCAGAUAAAACCCACGUGUUGUUUUAGGCAAAGUUCUUGUCUGACGAUCAUGCCUGUGACACCUCUCCCCCCUCUCCCCCGACCCCGGGGCGGGGUGGGGGGUGGGGAGGGGGAACGUGUUGUAGCUGACCUGCCUUUAAGCUCUAUAGGAACACACCCUGAGUUUUUCUGCCCCAGGGAAGCCCGAGGGACAGGCUGGGUUGGAGUUUGGUGGCCAGCCCGCCGGGCUGCGGGAAGGGUGAGGGCUGGUGACAGUGUGGCCGUGGGCAGGGCAGGAGGGAGGUUUCCUGCCUUCACAGAUGUUCAGCUUCCUGAUUCAGAGGCCUCCCCAGCCAGGCCUCCUCCUCCCCUGUGCAGAUUGCAAUUUCGGCCCGGCAGGAAGAGAGAAAUGAGCUUGCAUAAUAGAGGAACAUUUGGUUCUUUCGGCUGGGCCUGGAGAGGGGGAAGGUUUUUGUGCUGAGCGCGGGGGCAGACUGGAGAGGUUUCCUGCGUGCUGGGCGGCCGUGGGGGAGGCCGGGCCACCAGGAGGGAGGGCUGUGCGGAGGGCCAGAUGGACGUGGGGGGGUGUGGGGAGGCUUCCUCGGGGAAGAGCAGACAGGGAGGGGGCCGGGGGCUCUGCGACUUUGCUGUUUUCAAGAGAUAGGAGAGAGCGCUCUGGGGAAACCACACGGGGGGGGGCAGCACUGUGGCCUCGGGGACCCUCGGACAAGCACGCAGGCGUGGUAGGCUGUCCCUCUGUCCUGGGGCCCUUCGGGACACUUCCUCCUCAGCCCAGAGAGACCUGUGACUUCAGCACACAGCCGAACCUGAACUUUCUGAUCCAGGGGGAUGGGUUUGAGCCGCCACGGUGGGGCCUCCCCAGGAUCCCCAGGCCGGACGAGAACGAGAGACACAACUGAGCACAGACUGGCCGAGGUCAGGAGGCAGGUCCCCAGAUGUGACACCCCCACCCGCAAUUGGCUCUGUUGUUUAUCAGGGGCCUGAGCUGGGACAAUCCCCGAGUAGGGGGAGCGGAUUCCAGGCCAGGGUAUGGGGUACAGGAUCGGGACGAACUCUCAGAGGGAUCUUGUAAUUCUCGACACGUCGUUCACGUCCCUGACCUGGGUUUGUCCUCACGACAGUGCGGGGAGCUCAGUCUUUGCACAAGUAUUUGCUGAGCAUCUGCUUUGUCCCAGGCCUGUUCCAGGUGCUGGAGCUUCCGCAGUGAGCACAGCAGAUAAAGGGCCGUGCACCCCGGGAGGUUCCAUUCUAGGGGAAAAGGCAGGUGCGCAGCAAGGAAACACGUCGCGGCCGCAUGGAGGGCGCACGGCUGGUCUCCGCUCUUCUCCCUUCCCCACGAGAGCGUAAGUCCCCUGCUCUGACCUGCUUUGGCCGAAUGAAUGAAGUGUCACUGAUGCUGUGCCUGGCCCUCAAGGGACCUUGUCCUUUUCUGCACCUUUGCCAUCGUGUGGGACAAACACUGACCCACGGGGGUUGAAAGACAGGUGGGCCAGCCAAGCCGGGCCUGGAUCAGCCCCGGGUAGGGGUGUAACUGAUAACGCGUGAUGGUUUAUUUUACAAUUGUAUUUUAAAGUAAUCUCUACCCCCCACGUGGGGCUCGAACCCCAAGACAAGAGCCACACGCUCUACCAACUGAGCCAGCCAGGUGCCCCGCGUGAUUGUUGUUUGAAGCCACUGAGUUGAGGGGCCGCUUGUUACGCAGCCGACUGGUGACGAUGGCUGGCUGCCGAAACCUGCUAUUGCUAAGUGCUGUUAUUAACCUCAUUCUGUAGACGAGGACGCUGAGGCCCAGAGUGGGGAGAAGAGCCUCUCAACAUUAUAGUUCACGUGUCCAAGCCCAGACAAGAACCCGGCUGCCUUGACUCCAGCUGGCAUACUCAUUCCUUCAGCACGUUUUUAUUGAGCACCUACUAUGAGUGUAUAAUUGUAUUGGGAGCUGGAGAUACCACAGUGAAAAGGACAUCCCUUCUGCAAGCAACGUUGGUUUAGAAGAACUUCUCCUGGGGCGCCUGGGUGGCCAGUCGGGUAAGCGUCCGACUCUUGAUUUCGGCUCAGGUCAUGAUCUCACGGGUCAUGAGUUCGAGCCCCGCACUGGGCUCUGCGCUGACAGUGUGGAGCCUGCUUGGGAUUCUCUCUCUCCCUCUCGCUCUCUGCCCCUGCCCCGCUUGAGCUGUUUCUCUCUCUCUCUCUCUC